AUGAAGAAGUCAACAGGAAAGUCUUCAUCUUCUUCCUCUGCCUCUGCGGCGAGUGUUGAGAAGGAUGAGAGCCGCCUUCCGCGGCGGCGGCGCCAGCCGAAGCGCGAGGGGGGCACGGAAGAGCGCGCUAAACCCGAGGCGCAAAGCAGAUCGCGCGGCGGCAGAGUGCGCCAGCGGGAGGAGACGAGCGAAAAUGUCCUGCAAGUCUCCCGGCAGCGGUCGCCGAAGGUGGCGAGGCGCAGCUCGGUACUCAGCGCGGAAGACGAAAAGCUCGACGCCGCUCAACUCGGGGAUAGCGUCAUCGACCUCGCAGUCGCCAAGGCGAUUCGCAAAAGCGAAGUCCCAAACACAGUCUUCAAAGUUUUCUGCACACACUGCGAGCCGAACUACAGUCAGCCGUGGACGACUCGGCGGCAAACGACCUCCACGAGCACGGGCUUCGUCACCGUCGACUCGGCAGGUCAAAAGUGUCUACUCACCAACGCGCACUCCGUCGAGCACGCUGCCGUUGUCCAGGUUCGCAAGCGCGGCGACCACCAGAAGUACGAGGCAGAGGUGCUGUGCAUCGGGCUCGAGUGCGACCUGGCGAUGCUUCGCGUGUCUGACGCCGACUUCUGGGAAGGGCUUGGUCCGCCGCUGCAGUGGGGCCCUUCGCCGCAACUGGGAGAACCUGUGACUGUCGUGGGGUAUCCGCUCGGCGGAGACAACUCGUCUGUGACGCAGGGCGUGGUCUCUCGCACCGAUCUGCAGCAGUACUCUUUGGGCUCCUGCAGUCUCCUCGCGAUUCAAAUCGACGCGGCAAUCAACCCCGGCAACAGCGGUGGGCCGGCGCUGAACCGCCAUAGCCAGUGCGUCGGCAUCGCCUUCCAGAGCCUCAAGGACGGCGAAACAGAAAACAUUGGAUACAUCAUUCCAAGCGAGGUCGUGGGGCACUUUCUUGAGGACUACCGGCGCAACGGGCGAUGUCUCGGAUUCGGCGACGGAGGCUUCACAUGGCAGAAGUUGGAGAACAAGUCCCUCCGCAAGGCGCUGCAGCUCAAAUCUAAGGAUGAGGGAAUUCUGAUCAAAAAGCUCGACGGCGGGGGUCCCGCGAAGGCGGUGUUGGAAAAAGGCGACAUUCUGCUUGAGAUUGGAGGCCAGAAGAUCGCGAGCGACGGCACAGUCCCCUUCCGCAAUGGCGAGCGCAUCCUAUUCAGCUGGAUUCUCAGCCAGAUGUUUGUCGGAGACCUCUGCAGAGUCAAGCUCCUUCGAGACCACAAGGAGAAGCAAGUCGCGUUUCCCGUUGGAAAACUCAACCUCCUCGUCCCCGCGAACAGCGACCUCCGGCGCCCGCAGUAUUUGAUCGUCGGCGGGCUGGUCUUCGUGCCUCUGUCCGAGCCGUUCUUGAAGAGCGAAUACGGAGAAGACUUUGAGUCACGAGCCCCCGUGCGGCUGCUCGACAGAUGGCAGCACGGAUUUCAGUCGUUCCCGGGAGAGCAGUUCGUUAUCCUCAGUCACGUGCUCGCCCACGAUGUCACAGUGGGAUACGAGCACCUGCACAACGUGCAAAUUCAGAACUUCAACGGUACUAGCGUCAAGACUCUGCAGCACUUGGCUGAGCUCGUCGACCAGUCCAAAGAAGAGUACUGGAGGUUCGACUUGGAUCACGACGAAGUCGUGGUGCUGCAGGCAGAAGCCGCGCGGGCAGCGCUUCCUCACAUUCUCCAGAGAAAUAUGAUUCGCAGUCACAAGUCAGAAGACGUCUAA